AUGAAAGUAAUGGAAUUUCUUCUCACUCUUAUGGCCUGGGGGGUUAUCGAAGACGACCCUGAACCAGAACAACAACAACAAAAUACAUCAAGCGAAGCUCAAACGGACCAGCCAGCAUUAAUAGUGGUUCAAGAAUCUGGAGACGAAGUUGAAGAGAAGGAAAAGGUGUAG